AUGAGAUAUGUUAUUCAGCUAAUAACCCGAUUAGUAGCCGCGCAGGCUCGGCGUCAGGAAGUAGGUAUUGGUCAUGCAGAUAGGUCCGUUAGUGCGAGGGUUCGUGAUUUCAUUAAUUUGGACCCUCCGGUAUUCACUGGGGUAGAUCCAAACGAAGACCCUCAGGUGUUUAUUGAUAGAAUGCAGAGGACAUUGAGGGUGAUAAAUGCCACUACGAUUGAGUCAGUUGUGCUAGCUUCCUAUAGACUUCAGGAUGUUGGAGUUAAUUGGUACGAGUCUUGGGAGUUGUCCAGAGGGCCCGGUCAGAAUUCCAAGGCCUCAGGUUCUUAUAAGGGUGAGUCAAGUCAGAUGAGUCCGCCUUUUCCACGAUGUGCUCAGUGUGGUAAGCAGCAUGACAGGCAGUGCCGUAUGGGAUUGGGUGUUUGUUAUACUUGUGUUUAUCUGGGCCACGUUAUGAGGGAUUGUCCGGCGAGAGGUGAUACAAGCAUAGCUCAACCAGCGGGAUCUGUAGCUGGUUCGUCAUCAUCAGUAGGCCCCCCUAAGCAAGGUUCACAAGCACCAAUGAGUCAUGGUAGAGGCAGAGGCGGAGCAUCUAGCUCAAGAGGUCCUCAGAACCGCACUUAUGCAUUGGCGGGACGGUAG